AUAGAAUCUGGGGUUCUAGAAAACUCUUUCCAGGGUUUUAGACGAAGCCGGGAUUUUAGGGUUUGUUGACGAUGGCGGCUUUCGCGAAGCUCGCUCCCCUUCUCGACAGAGUGCUCGUGGAGAAGUUUAUUCCUCCGGCGGCGUCGAUGGGCGGGGUCUUGCUGCCGGAUUCACUGACCAAGUACAAUUCGGGAACAGUGAUUGCCACUGGGAAGCGGCGCCUCCGGGACGGGCAGAUGAUUCCUCUGUGCGUCAAGGAAGGGGACGAGGUCCUCCUGCCCGAGCACGGCGGCAAAGUUGUCAAGCUCGGCCAAAAAGAGUAUACGCUCUAUCGCGAGGAGGAGCUCCUGGGCAUUCUCGUGGACGAUGAUUCUAAGAAGUGAUCACACCCAACGAUGUUAUGGUGUGUUUGACAGUGCGAGGCAUUUUAUCAAAACAUCUUGGCAAAGUUUUUACUCA